AUGGCUACUGCAACUGUCCUCGAAAAGGCCAACAUUGGUGUCUACACCAACACCAACCACGACUUGUGGGUCGCAGAAUCGAAGCCGACGCUCGAGGAGGUGAAGAGUGGUGAGAGCUUGAAGCCCGGUGAGGUAACAGUCCAGGUUCGCAGUACCGGAAUUUGCGGAUCUGACGUGCACUUUUGGCAUGCCGGCUGCAUUGGUCCCAUGAUUGUCACGGGAGACCAUAUCCUGGGUCACGAGUCGGCCGGCGAAGUGAUUGCAGUUGCCUCCGAUGUCACCCACCUCAAGCCAGGCGAUCGUGUCGCCGUCGAGCCCAACAUUCCCUGCCACGCAUGCGAGCCUUGCUUGACUGGACGUUACAACGGUUGUGAAAAGGUGCUUUUCCUGUCUACUCCUCCCGUGGAUGGUUUGCUGCGGCGCUAUGUCAACCACCCCGCUGUCUGGUGCCACAAGAUCGGUGAUAUGAGCUAUGAGGAUGGAGCUCUGCUGGAGCCUCUCAGUGUGUCUCUCGCUGCAAUUGAGCGAAGCGGCCUUCGCUUGGGCGACCCUGUACUUGUCACCGGUGCUGGUCCCAUCGGUUUGAUCACUCUCCUCAGUGCCCGCGCCGCGGGAGCAACACCCAUUGUCAUCACCGAUAUCGACGAGGGAAGACUAGCCUUCGCCAAGUCGUUGGUUCCUGAUGUUAUCACCUACAAGGUGCAGACCAAUCUGUCCGCUGAGGAUAAUGCUGCGGGCAUUAUCGAUGCUUUCAACGAUGGCCAGGGUUCCGCCCCUGAUGCCCUGAAGCCUAAGCUGGCACUGGAGUGCACCGGUGUUGAGAGUAGUGUCGCAUCUGCUAUCUGGAGUGUCAAGUUCGGUGGCAAGGUCUUCGUGAUCGGUGUGGGCAAGAACGAGAUGAAGAUUCCGUUCAUGCGUCUGAGCACCCAAGAGAUCGACCUUCAGUACCAGUACCGCUACUGCAACACCUGGCCUCGCGCCAUUCGUCUUGUGAGGAACGGUGUCAUCAGUCUGAAGAAGCUUGUUACACAUCGCUUCCUCUUGGAGGACGCUCUUAAGGCCUUCGAAACUGCUGCAGACCCCAAGACGGGAGCUAUCAAGGUUCAGAUCAUGAGCAACGAGGAGGACGUGAAGGGUGCUUCAGCUUAA